GCUGGAGGACACAACAGAGGCGAGACGCUCAUGCACACCGUGCGCGGGAUUUUGUUCAAAUAAAACAUCGAAUCCGGCCUGGAAUUCAAUGUGGUGACCGUCACUUUUUGUGGCAGAUACAAGCGCUGACGAAAAAAAAAAACAGCACAGUAAGCAGGCUAGUCGAGUCGCACUAAUCAGCCUCUCCGACAAGCUUUUUUUUUGGCUGAAAUCUCACCACAAAUCGACAUCGUUUGGCAUUUGAAGCAGAGGGAUCUGGUGGGUUUUGGGCGGCUGGCUGCCUGCCUUUCGCCUCGCCGAGUGCCGCAGCCUCGUUGGCCGAAUGCUAAAGGAUGAGUCAGAGGGACACCCUGGUUCAUCUGUUUGCUGGAGGCUGUGGGGGCACCGUUGGUGCCAUUUUGACGUGUCCACUGGAGGUGGUGAAGACAAGGCUGCAGUCGUCCUCGGUAACGCUCUACAUCUCUGAGGUGCAGUUGAGCACCGUCAAUGGCGCCAGCGUGGCCCGCAUGUCCCCUCCUGGACCCCUGCACUGUCUCAAGUUGAUAUUAGAGAGAGAAGGUCCUCGUUCACUCUUUCGAGGACUGGGACCUAACCUAGUGGGAGUGGCUCCAUCAAGAGCGAUCUACUUUGCGGCUUACUCCACAACCAAAGAGAAGCUAAAUGCCGUGCUCGAGCCUGACUCCACGCAGGUCCACAUGGUGUCUGCCGGCCUUGCGGGGUUCACUGCGAUCACGGCGACCAAUCCUAUCUGGCUCAUAAAGACUCGACUGCAGCUGGAUGCCAGAAACCGUGGUGAGAGACGUAUGAGUGCGUUUGAGUGUGUACGGCGGGUCUAUCAGGCAGACGGACUGCGGGGCUUUUAUAGGGGCAUGUCUGCCUCCUACGCAGGCAUUUCAGAGACUGUCAUCCACUUUGUCAUCUAUGAGAGCAUCAAACGCAAGCUCCUGGAGUCCAAAGCCAAUGCCAACAUGGACGAUGAGGAUGAAUCAGUUAAGGACGCUUCUGACUUUGUUGGAAUGAUGUUGGCCGCUGCAACAUCCAAAACCUGCGCUACAUCCAUUGCGUAUCCUCACGAGGUGAUCCGUACCAGGCUACGGGAGGAGGGCAGCAAGUACCGCUCGUUCUUCCAGACGCUGAGCAUGGUGUUCAGAGAGGAGGGCUACAGGGCGCUGUACCGCGGCCUGACUACCCACCUGGUCCGACAGAUCCCCAACACCGCCAUCAUGAUGUGCACCUAUGAGCUGGUAGUCUACCUGCUCAAUGGUUAAACAUGGUUAUGGAAGAGGUGGUGGGGAGGAGAGAGAGAUAGAGGAGAGGUGGAGAUAGACAGAGAAUGGACAAGACAGAGAGAGAUUGUCCCAUUUAUGAGACCAAAGGAAGCAGAGAGAGCCAGAAAAAGCACUAUUUGCCCCAGGCCUUCAGAAGGCGCUGUUGGCAAGGAAUUGGUAAGGAGAUGCUGAGACUUGAUUGUUUUGAAACUAAACAAUCAAAAGGAGAGAGAGAGGAAGAGGGAGAGAGAGGGGGAAAGGAAAGGAAAGUGACCAGUCAGUCUGUCUAUUUCUCUUCUGAAUCUUUAAUGUGAAGAAGUCCUUUUAUUAAAGGACUGUCGAGGGGGGAAUGCUUGAAAACAAAGGAUAUCAAGCGAUAUCGAUUACUGAAUUCAUUCACAAUGAGAGGUUUUUUUUUUUCCAUGCUGCUAGCAGUUUUCAUUUCUAGUUUUAGUUUUUCCUCAUUUCUCAGAAAAGACCGUGUUUGAUCUGAAAAGUGACCGACAUUUUAAAGAAUUUUCAGAUUUGCCUGUGACAUCUGGCAUGAUCUGCUGUAUGCCUCAGUAUCUCAGAUAUCUCUGAGGCUGUGUCGCAAAAAUCGAGCCAGAAUAUCUCUCACAUGGCUCUGCUUUUUGUCAGCUGUUAUUUCAAACAUUCCCCUCUAGAGGGCAGAGUCCCACACUGUUGCUAGUUGGCUCUCCACGCACACGAGUCCAUUUUUGCUGGAGUUUUUCAUUCAUGGUCAAAAUGAUCUGAUCGGUGUUCCUUCUCAUACUUCAAAAUGAAGUGGGUUUUUUUGUUUGUUUGUUUGUUUUCUGUUUUAAUCUUUAAGCAUUCUUCUCAUUCGAGUGUUUGUAAUGAGCAGACCCUGUUUCCUAAUAUAUUCCUAGUAUAGCCCAUGUGAUGGUAGAUAGCAGGAGACGCUGGUUUGUCAUUGUCCAUUUGCUGGGACUGAGUUUUGUUCUUUGGGCAAAAGAAGUCCACUGCUAAUACAGUAGGAAUACAACAGAAUACAAGAGGUCUGCAAAUCCAGAUCUCGAUCCCAGUUUCCGGUCCUGGAUUUUGCAAUCGCUGACGCUGGAUGGCUUCAACAGGUCAAACUACCAGGGAUUAAAAAUAUCCAAGACUGGAAAGUGGAUCCAAGGAAGGCCUCUAGGUUGUAUCGCCAUAUACUUACCAUGCGAUUUAAUGGCAGUCAUGAACAUGUUGUGGCAGUCCAUAUACAGAAGGGGUGUGUCCUUGUGGGUCCACCCCAAAACAGUGGCUUCUGACCAUAUAUAUGCACUUUGUGGCCUUUCCAGGUUCACACAACAUUUUUUUUUUUUUUGUUUUUGUUUUCUUUAUUUUGUUUUAUUUUGAACUUGUACUAUAAAACAUAGUAUUUACUGUAUAGGCAAGACGGUGUUUUGCUCAGCAGUUCCCUUUUGGGUUUAUUGUACAGAUCAAUGUACUAAACUUCUAGUGAAGGACAACCCUGUAUGUGUGUAUAUAGUAUGUAUAUGUAUGUAUGCAUAUCGAAUAUUCAGUGUUCAUAACUUAGGUUCUAUGAUUAUGCAGUAGGUUGCAGUUACAGAAAUCUGACCAUUUCAUAUCAGAUCUUCGGGUCUAUUUCAAUGUUUUGACACCUGUGUUUGUUAAAACAAUUAGGGUUUUUUUUUUUUCUUCAUGAUCUAGCGUACUGGCCUUGGACUCGCUGUGGCUUGAAAUGGAGCCUUCGUUAUGCUACGUUAACGUUUAUGACCUGUGACAUGUCAGAGUUUGCAUUUCCCCAUAUGUUUACACGUCCAUAUCUCAUCCUGGUAAUAUGAAGGAGUUCUUGCAGAGUGUGUAUAGUUCAGCAUAGGGACGUUUGAGGAGUGCAAGGAGGCAUUUGGAUGAUCCUGAAGGAAUACUGUAGUGUUUUCCAUCUUUAGCAUGCAGCUGUUAAUUGACAACAUUAACACAUUUUCCUAGCUUGGUCAGCAGAAACCAGCAGAAAUGGAGUCUGUGACUCCAUACUUUAUAGAAUAGAAGCUGCUUUCAUUAUAAGACGUGUUGUGUAAGAGUAACAGUGAUAGAUUUGGACUUUAAUUCCACCAACUUUUCAAAAUAUCCGCUUAAUUCAGUUGUUGAGAUGUAAACAGUCAUUCGGAGUGGUUUGAUGUGAAAUGAUUGGUUGUAGAAACUUGCCGUAUCAGAUUUUUUUACACCGGUGGUGAUGGGAACCAUUUGUGGCGAGGUCUGCAAUCCAAAUAUAGCCAUUUUAUUUACACCAGAAGUGGACCUACACGUUCCUUCUCAUUUUUAAUAUGUCAUUUUGAUGAUUGUGCUUAAUCUGUAAAGAAAAAAAGAAAUAAUUGGAAUACUAUAAAAUUGCCUUGCACCCUAGGUGUACACCUCAGGCGAUUAAAUAACACUAACUUUAUUCCUAAAUUAUUGUGAAGUAACAGCUAGCAGCACAUUCUUAACGAUUUCAUGUAAUAACAGUCAGUGAGGUAGCUUUUAGAGGCAGACGUCUGGUUCCUGUCACCACCACUGGGAACAAUUCUGACUCAUUUCCCAUUAAACCAACAAAUAACAAAUUUGUUUACAUCAGAAAAAAAUCAAGGGAAUUUUCCAGAAAUUCCAGAAAGCUUUUAUUAUAUGUAAGUUUUAAGAAGAAAACAUGUCCAAAUUCAUUUUCAUGCUUAUCGACUGUAUGGGAAGUUGAAAAAUGCUGCAGUAUUCCUUUAAUACGAGAACUCUUGGGGAACUUGCGUCAGUCUAUAUUGAAGGUGCUGAACUUCUCAGCUCAUCAUCUUCAGUUUGCUUCACAUUUCAACCCGCAGAAUAAAAUUCUUCUUGGUCAUAUCAUCAAUAUGCAACCCUGAAGUGUGGUCCUAGAUAACUAGCUCAGUCCAUUUUGAGUCUCAACUUGCUAUCCACCAAAAACCAGUGUUUUUUUUUUGUUUGUUUGUUUGUUUUGUUUUUUGUUUUGUUUUGUUUUUUUAAGCAGUAUUAACAAACGCACAGGCAGGUGCAGGUCUAACUGAGCCAUCUCCCAUCCUCCUUUGCUGCUAACCAGAUUGUGGAGUACUGUAAUGAUCACCAAUUGACUCCUCGCAAAAGACACUCUUGGCAUUAACAGGCGUUAAAAGAAUCUGUGCUUCUGAAUAAGAUUAAUGCAUGUUAGUGUUGCAUGACUGGAGCCUACACUACAUGCUAACAGGAUUAACUGUAGGACAUGUUCAUAAGGCUACAUGACACCUACAUAACUGACAGAUCUACAUAAACACUUAUGCCAAUGGGCAUCAUUUGUCAUCAGUGUUGUUUGACAAUAGACAAUGUAUAAUUUCCCAUUUACCCACAAAAGUGUCCUGUCACCAAAUGUCGUGCAGCGUUAUGAACACUGCCGUACAGUAAAAUGUUACCAGUUUUAAACGGAUUUAUUUAAUUAAUGUGUAAUGAAUAGCUAAUAUAUACUAUAAACUGACUAAUUACUAUAUAAUUCCAUAUAAAUAACAAUUAACAUGUGUUUGUAUUGUAUAAAAAAAAGUGUCAAUACGCAAUUAAGUGAACAUACAUGGUGCUCAAGAUUACCAGCUGGCGAACACCCUUCCAGCUGGGAAAGGAUGGCAUUGCAAAGGAACUUUUAACAGCAUUUUAUAAAAGACACUGCUUAGAGGUAAAUCUUUCCACUUACUGUUGUCUAGGAGAGAUGCAGCGGGAUCGAUGGCAGGCUUUUAAAAGGGUUACCAUCUAAAUUCAGAAGUUUUCUGUGACAAUAGUGCAAAAAGCAUACUUCUUGUUUGAUGUCUGCAUCUUAUUUUUGCUGUUAAUGAAAAUCGGUACUACUUUAGGUUUCUUGGUGGCAUCUUAAUGCAGUUGAACUGGGUCAGCACUAAUGAAUCAAUCACAUCUGCAAAUGUAAUGUCAUUUGAUAAUUUUAUUUUCUUUUUUUUUCCUUUUUUAUGUUUGUUUAUGGUAAAGAUGUGGCCUAUUCUUUGCUGGCUAUGUAAUAUCAUACCUCUUUUUGUACAAAAAUGACUAAAUAAAAACAACUGCAAACCCUGUGA